UCGUGUGGCAUCGAAUUUCGGUCGACUAGAGUGCCUUUUUAUAGGUCUGCCAGAGAGAGUUCGUGUGUGUGGCGGAGAUAGUGACUAUGGCAGCUCAAGAAGGUGGCGCUUUGGCUACGGUUGAAGAACAUGGGUUCCCUGCUACUUACAUGUCCAUGGAGACUGAGGGUGGCAAUAACGACGACAAGGAGCUGCCGAUUUAUGAGUCCUCUGUUAUUCCUGGGUGGUUCUCCGAGAUUAGCCCAAUGUGGCCUGGGGAGGCACAUUCCUUGAAGGUAGAGAAGAUGUUAUUUCAAGGGAAGUCUGAUUACCAAGAUGUCAUGGUUUUUCAGUCUUCGACAUACGGGAAGGUUCUUGUUUUGGAUGGAGUUAUCCAGCUUACAGAGAGGGAUGAAUGUGCAUACCAAGAAAUGAUCACGCAUCUCCCGCUUUGCUCAAUUCUAAACCCAAAAAAGGUUUUGGUUAUUGGCGGAGGAGAUGGUGGAGUUUUGCGUGAAGUGUCUCGCCAUUCUUCUGUUGAGCGUAUAGAUAUCUGUGAAAUUGAUAAGAUGGUUGUCGAUGUUUCUAAAGAGUUCUUUCCUCAUAUAGCAGUUGGGUAUGAGGAUCCUCGUGUAACACUUAAUAUUGGUGAUGGGGUUGCAUUUCUGAAAGCUGUUCCUGAAGAAACUUAUGAUGCAAUUAUAGUAGAUUCUUCUGAUCCAAUUGGUCCUGCACAAGAGCUGUUUGAGAAGCCCUUCUUUGAGUCUGUGGCAAAGGCUCUUCGUCCAGGAGGUGUUGUCUGUACUCAGGCUGAAAGUAUAUGGCUUCACAUGCAAAUCAUUGAGGACAUUGUCGCCAACUGUCGCCAGGUCUUCAAGGGUUCUGUGAACUAUGCGUGGACUACGGUCCCUACAUACCCGAGUGGGGUGAUUGGUUUUAUGCUUUGCUCAACUGAGGGACCCCAUGUUGAUUUCAAGCAUCCAGUGAAUCCUAUAGAUGCUACUUGCUGUCACAACAAAGAAAAACAGCCAUUGAAAUUUUACAACUCGGAGAUUCAUUCAGCUGCGUUCUGCUUACCGUCUUUUGCAAAGAGGGUCAUUGAUUCGAAAUAAUGAGGUAGAUUUUCAAGUGUUGAAGAAGCAGAAUCGAGUGGUUGUAGAGUAUCCAAUCUUCAUGCACCCUCAAAUAGUCAAUCUACUGAUGAAUUGCAGAAUAAGUUAAAGGCUUAACAUUCCAGUAUAAAUGUCUUUAUCAACAAGAUAGCUGUAGCAUGGGUUGAUGGAAUUAUGAGGUCAAUGCCACUUCCACAAUUCUAGCACUUACAAAGUGCAAACACUGGAAGUCAUAUUUGUUCUUCACAAUGUUCACAGAGACCAUUCUCUUCUGAGUAAUUUAAUAUGUUUAAGAGACCCGAGAUUCUUCGUUUGCAAA